AUGCACAAAAAAUUAGAUCAGGGCAGAAGGGAUGACCUCUGGGCGUGGCUUUAUAUGACAGUAGAGUUUAUGGCAGGCAAAUUGAUAUGGAGAAAUGAUGAGGACAAAGUGAUUGAAAAGAAGAAGGAAAAAAUCGGAUCUCGUCUACUGCUGAAGUGCCCUCAAGAAAUGUACAUGAUUUAUGACCACAUUCGACAUCUUGAAUUCAAAUCGAAACCAAAUUAUGAAAUGAUACGAAGACAACUAGAUAAAGUUUGUGCGCGGCUGGACUACUCAGAAAGUCAGCCGUAUGACUGGGAAGAAGGUGGUUACUAUCACGAAUAUUACACCAAAAAAUCAGAUACUGAAAAGGAUCUCACUGAGACAAACCAAUCCGCAGCUGAAGUAGUGACGUGUGAGGAAGGAGCAUUUAUAGAAAGCGAAGCUAGCGGAUGA